CCGCAGUCAGUCCGCGCAGCGCCGCGCGCCACCACCACAUCUGGCUUCACCUGCGUCCCGGCUUUUAACCAUCGUCACCUGUGACCGGAGGACGUGCACCGGAUCUCCACCGGCCCGGUUCCCCGGUGACGAGUCGCCGGCGGUGGAAAACGUGUUCGUGACCGAUGGAAGCGCGACAGGACCCCGGACGCGUUUGAUUGACGUCUGACGUAACGUGUGAUUGACGUCUGAGGGCUAUAAAUUAUUCAGCUGGCGGUGGGGGGCGGACUUCCCGCCGGCCUGCGAGAUGGCCUGCCGCAGAGAGGGCGCCGCUCUCCUGCUGGUCCUGAUGGUCUUGCUGGAUCCCUCGAGCCAAACGCAGGAGCUCCAGAACGUCACGCUGGCCGUCAUCCUGCCGCAGAGCAACACGGAUUACCCCUGGGCCUGGCCUCGCAUCGGGCCCGCCCUGGAGCGGGCCGUCCAGACCGUCAACGCCGACCCCGCCCUGCUCCCCGGCCACCACCUCGCCUACGUCUAUAAGAACAGCGAGGACAAGCAGGGCAUCUGCUCCGAGUCCGUUGCGGCGCUCAUGGCCGUGGACCUCAAGCUGGCCAACGACCCCUGGGCCUUCAUCGGGCCCGGCUGCUCCUACACCUCCUCCCCGGUCGGCCUCUUCACCACCCACUGGGACGUCCCCAUGGUGACGGCCGGCGCCUCGGCCGCGGCCUUCUACGGCGGAGUCUACCCCUCCAUCACCAACACGGGCCCCACCCACAAGAAGCUGGGGCGGUUCGCCCUGCGGAUCUGCCAGCACUUCGGCUGGCGGCAGCACGUGAUGCUGGUGUUCAGCGACGACAAGGUGGACGACCGGCCGUGCUACUUCGCCGUGGAGGGUUUGUACAUGGAGCUGCAGAGCAUCAACAUCACCGUCGUCAACAUGGCGUUCAACGAGAAAGAGCUGCCGAUGAACUACUCCGAGAUCCUCGCCAACAUCCAGAACGACGGCCGAGUGAUGUUCGUCUGCUGCUCCCCCGACGUCUUCCGCAAGUUGAUGGUUGAGUUCCGGCGGGCGGACCUUCCCCACGAGCAGUACGUCUUCUUCUACAUCGACGUGUUCGGGGGGAGUCUGGACGCGGGGCACAAGCGCCCGUGGGACCGCGGCGACCAGGACGACGCUGUGGCCAGGGAGGCCUUCAAGAGUGUGAAGAUCUUAACGUACCGAGAACCACAGAACCGAGAGUACCGGCAGUUUGUCCAGAACCUGAAGGCCGACGCCGAGAGAAGCUUCAACUUCAACAUAAAGGACUCCUUGAUGAACAUCAUAGCCGGAGGAUUCUACGACGGCGUGAUGCUCUUCACUCGCGCUCUGAACGAGACGAUGUCCGUGUCCGCCGGGCGGCCUCCAGGAAAGGUCGUCACCAAGAGGAUGUGGAACCGGACCUUCUACGGUGUGACUGGCCUCGUCCACCUGGACGAGAACGGGGACCGAGAGACAGACUUCGCUCUGUGGGACGUGAUCGACGCCAACACCAGCGCCUUCCAGAUCGUUCUGGUGUACAACAGCUCGGAGGAGCAGCUGAACGCCACAGCUGGAGCGGCGCUGCACUGGCCGGGAGGAGUUGUUCCUCCAGAUGUUCCCGUCUGCGGCUUCAAGAACGACAACCCCGCCUGCCUCACAAAGACGGUCACCAUCAACCAGAUGGUUUCCAUCGUGGUCUUCUUCAUCGCCACCAUGAUCCUCACCGUCACCAUCUUCGUCUACCGGAAGAUGAAGUUAGAGAAGGAGCUGGUGGCUCAGCUCUGGAGGAUGUCCUGGGACGACAUCCAGAUGAGUAACCAGGACAAGGUGCUGCGCAGUGGAAGCAGAGUCACACUGUCUCUGAGAGGCUCAAACUGCGGCUCCCUGAUGACUGGAGACGGAAACCUGCAGGUUUUUGCAAAGACCGGAUACUACAAAGGGAACAUCGUGGCCAUUAAACACACCAACAGGAAACGCAUCGAGCUGAACAGGAAGCUCCUGUUUGAGCUCAAACAUAUGCGAGACAUUCAGAACGAACAUCUGACCCGAUUCAUCGGCGCCUGCAUCGACCCCCCAGACACCUGCAUCAUCACCGAGUACUGUUCCCGAGGCAGCCUGCAGGACAUCCUGGAGAACGACAGCAUCACCCUGGACUGGAUGUUCAAAUAUUCUCUCAUCAACGACAUCGUCAAGGGCAUGUUGUUCCUCCACAACAGCGUCAUCGUGUCUCACGGUAAACUCAAGUCCUCAAACUGCGUUGUGGACAACCGCUUCGUCCUGAAGAUCACCGACUACGGUCUGUCCAGCCUGCGGUCGCCGGGCGACUCGGCGACAGACGCGCACGCCUACUACGCCCAGAGGCUGUGGAUGGCGCCGGAGCUGCUCAGGAUGGAGGCUCCUCCUCCUCAGGGGACCCAGAAAGGAGACGUCUACAGCUUCGGCAUCGUCCUCCAGGAGGUGGCGCUGCGCCAAGGAGCCUUCUACCUGGAGGGAAGCCCCCUGAGCCCCAAAGAGAUCGUGGACCGGGUGGUCCUGGGCGAGUGGCCCUGCCUCAGACCCACCGUGGACCCCCAGAACCACAGCCCGGAGCUGGGUCAGCUGAUGCAGCGCUGCUGGGCCGAGGAGCCAACGGAGAGGCCGGAGUUCAACCACGUCCGCCUGCUGCUGCGCAAGCAGAACAAGGAAUCCAGGACCAACAUCCUGGACAACCUCCUGUCUCGUAUGGAGCAGUACGCCAACAACCUGGAGGAGCUGGUGGAGGAACGAACUCAAGCUUAUCACGAGGAGAAACGCAAGGCCGAAGCUCUGCUCUACCAGAUACUACCUCAUUCGGUGGCGGAGCAGCUGAAGCGGGGGGAGACGGUCCAGGCGGAGGCCUUCGACUCCGUCACCAUCUACUUCAGUGACAUCGUGGGCUUCACCGCCAUCGCUGCAGAGAGCACGCCGAUGCAGGUGGUGACUCUGCUCAAUGACCUCUACACCUGCUUCGACGCCAUCAUCGACAACUUCGAUGUCUACAAGGUGGAGACCAUCGGCGACGCCUACAUGGUGGUGUCGGGGCUGCCGGUGAGGAACGGGAAGCUGCACGGCAGAGAGAUCGGCCGCAUGGCGCUCGCCCUGCUGGACGCCGUGCGCUCCUUCAGGACGCGUCACCUGUCCGAGCCGCUGAGGCUGCGGAUCGGCCUCCACAGCGGUCCGGUGUGUGCUGGUGUCGUGGGGCUGAAGAUGCCUCGCUACUGUCUCUUUGGGGACACGGUCAACACGUCGUCUCGGAUGGAGUCCAGCGGAGAAGCGCUGAAGAUUCACGUGUCGGCGGCGACCCGCGACGUCCUGCUGGAGUUCAACUGCUUCCAGCUGGAGCGCAGGGGGGACGUCGAGCUCAAGGGCAAAGGCAAGAUGACCACCUACUGGCUGCUGGGAGAGAGCGGCGGCCAAUGAGGGGACGGAGGCGAGGACGGGGGACCACUGCGGACGUCCUCGUGGCUUUCUCACCACGUACGGGAAAUAAGGUUGAGAGAACAGGAAGCUGCAGUGGAACUCGGAUCAAGACGCACAAACAAACAACGCACUUUGGUUCCUGGAGGUGAUUCAGGAGGCGGAGCUCUAAAUGGAGGCGGAGCCUCAACAGAAGGCCGCUGCACUCGAGCAGGAAAUGAGAUGUUUGCACUCGCUUGUGUUAUUGUCCACAAACAGGAGACUAGAAUUACUCCUUUUAAGCGUUAAAUGCAUUUAAACUAUUUGAUUUGUCCGCUAAACAUUUACUGAAAUCUACAUGAGACCUUCAAACGGUUUAAAUCCGUUAGACGCAUUACCCACAAUUCAUAGCGUUGAGAGAUUAAACAGACGUUUCAAGGAUUCAUUCAUAAAUUAAAUAAAAGGUAAAGUCCGACACAUUUUGCCUCAAACUGUUUCUAUGGAAGUUUCGAGUUUUAGUUGCUAAAAGUCUGCAGAAGUUACCGGUUACGGACGGAGACGCUGCUGCAGCAGGACGGAGACGCUGCUGCAGCAGGACGGAGACGCUGCUGCAGCAGAAUGAGGUUUAAGGACCUCGAUGAGACUUUAGUCUGAUACGUUCGCUGUAGUCCAAUGUUUAAAGGAGUUUUUCCUGGAACAGUAUAGCAGUAUUUGUACCUCAUGCUAUUGUACUUUUACUACUGAAUAUUAGUACUGAAGGAAGCGUGUCACAAAUUUAAACAACAAUGUUAUAAAAAACAACUUUAUUCACCAGUUGGUAAACUGUUCAUUUUAAAAUGUAAAUUAAAGACAAAAAGAAAUGUUUUUGAAGUUAAUAAAAUAAGCAUUAAUCAAAAAGAGCUUUUGCUAUUUAGAAACAUAUUUACAAAUGCAGAAAAACUUCAUUCUGAAACAAAGUUCACACAGAAAAACAACUGACGACAAAUCUGAAAAAUCUAAACACGAGAUAAAAAAUGAUCAAACUGAGAAAAAAAAAAGUCGUUUAACUUUGUUCUUCAAAUCUUCAUGUGAUGAGCUGUGAGGAAAUAAAGAAAUGAUAUUUAUAUGCGUGAAUAAAAUUCAGCAGUCGGUGGAAUGCUGUU